UCUACAGCUAGCAGCAGGCUAGCUCAGCGGUUUACAUGCAGCUGGCCACACGUCCUCCAUGGCAUUACUAACAAGAUGCGCCGUGUUUUAACUUUUUAACCAUCCCCCUCUACCCUCCAGCUCUUUCAAGCCGGAGGUUACUGUUAUGGUUUCGGAGAAUGGAAACGGACGACGUGUCGGUUCGAGAGCAACUUUUCCACAACCGCGUACGGGAGACCAUAAUCUGUGUGCUCCUGUUCACAUGCCUCUACAUGGUGUCCUACCUCAUACUUACCCACUUCAAGAAGAAUGCCGAGUUUGUCACAGAUGAUAUUGAAGAUGCCACCGUCAACAAAAUUGCGCUGUGGCUGUGUACGUUCACCCUGUCGGUUGCAGUGUGUGCCGUGCUCCUUCUCCCCAUCUCCAUUCUGUCCAAUGAAGUGCUGCUCACCUUCCCACAGAGCUACUACAUGCAGUGGCUCAAUGGCUCUCUUAUCCACGGAUUGUGGAACCUAGUGUUUCUUUUUUCCAAUGUGUCUCUGGUCUUCCUCAUGCCCUUUGCCUACUUCUUUACCGAGUCUGAGGGAUUUGCGGGAUCCAGAAAGGGCGUGAUGGCACGAGUGUAUGAAGCGGUUGUGCUGCUGCUGCUGCUCGCUCUGCUUGUGCUGGGCAUUGUUUGGGUUGCAUCGGCCCUCCUCCACGACAACAUGGCAAGGAAGAGCCUCUAUGACCUGUGGGAGUAUUACCUUCCUUAUCUGUACUCGGGCAUCUCUCUGUUUGGAGUGUUGCUGCUUUUGCUGUGCACUCCCUUUGGAUUGUCCCGGAUGUUCAGUGUAACCGGCAGUCUUUUGGUCAAACCGCGGCUGUUGGAAGAUGUAGAAGAUACGUUGAGCUGCACCGCAUUUGAGGAAGACUCGCUCUCCAGGAAACUGAACAGUGGCGGUACGACGUCGUGCUGGGUCAGGCUGAGCGUGGAGGCGAUGAAGAAAGAUUACCUAACAGUCCAGAGCAAGCGCAUUGCCCUGGAAAUGCGGCGGAAAGCGUCCCCGUGGCAGCGAAACCUGGGCUAUCCACUGGCCAUGCUGGUGCUCCUCGCUCUGACGGUGAUGUGUGUCCUGAUGGUCUGUUUCAAUGUGUUGGAGUUGCUCCUGGAUGAGACGGCUAUGCCCAGAGGAAUGGAGGACCCUCACCUUGGGAUGGCCUCCUUCUCCAUGUUUGGCUCACUGGGCGCAGCAGUUCAAGUAGUCCUCAUCCUCUAUCUGAUGGUGUCCUCAGUGGUGGGUUUCUAUAGUUCUCCUCUCUUUACUGGCCUCCUGCCUCGUGCACAGGACACCCACCUCACACAGAUAAUUGCAAACUGUGUUUCACUGCUUAUUCUGAGCUCAGCACUGCCGGUGUUUUCACGCACACUUGGGAUCACGCGCUUCGAUCUACUGGGAGACUUUGGUCGGUAUAACUGGCUGGGGAACUUCUACAUCGUCUUCCUGUACAACAUGCUGUUUGCUGGUCUCACCUCCGCCUCCCUGAUCAAGACAGUCACCUGGGCUGUACAGAGAGAGCUCAUCCGUGCCUUUGGUCUCCACAGACUGCCUUUGACGGUGUCCCGCUCCACCGUCCCCUUCAGACUCCUCCUGGCCAGUGGACUGUCAAAAAUCCAGUGACUUUUCCGCCUCGCCACUGCCUCUCCUAACCUUUAGAAACUGAGUCACUUCAAAUGUGCACCUAUUGGAUUAAAGACAUUUGCAAUGCAGACACUUUGCCAGUUGCUACUUGGUUCACGUCGCCCCGUGUGAAGAGACCAGAGAAGUUGACGGGUCUGUCUGCACCGUGUCCAGUGAGAGCUCUGCUUGAAGCUUUAAUGACCAAUGUAUCAGGGUCCAAUUUUUGUGCAGGUCUUUGAGUGCAGGGACAAGUAUGCAAGCGGUUAGCUGAGUGAUGGUUACAACUGGAACAAGGGGAAAAGGGAUAUAAGCCGUAUUGGCAGUCCUGCCAUAGUGGACAAUAAGAGAGCAGUCCUCCCACAAAACCCGAUGCCUCAUGAAAAGAGGAUCUAGUCGAUAGCCGUUCAGUUGAUGCAUGUGAAAGUCAGCAGAGCUAUUUUGAAAUAUUUCAUUGGAACUGUGACGUAAUUUCCUCUUCCUGCUCCAGGUCGACUGAGUGCACUCUCUUUCUGUGGCUUCCCCACGCUUUACCCUCUUCAGUUGUUCCACUAUUUUAAGAUUGGGAAUCUUACUUCCAUGUGUUUGGUGGUCCAGUCUGCACCAGUGUUAUGGACGUUAAUGAGAGGGAAUUUUUAUUGGGAGCAAAUGGGACACAGAGUACCAUGUCUAUCUAUGGAUCUGCAGGUUACACAGGGAAUAUGCGAGUGAGGUAAUAAUCUCAGUGUUGGAACACUUUUACAAAUCCAGUUUAAUAGUAGAAUGAAGAACGUUUUCUUUGGUGAUUUACCAUUAAGCAGGGUUUUUACUUUUGUAGAUGACAGUCUGAGGAUUACUCAUUCAUUUACGAAAAAACGCUAAAAAGAAAGCUUUACACGUGCAACCUUUUGAAUGCCAUGUGACGCUCACUAGGAGGACCAUUUGCCUUUGACCAAUCAAACUGUGAAUUAUUAAGAAUAUAUGCGGGGAAAGUGCAAUAUUUUAUAAGUAAACGCACACUUUUUAACAUUACCAAAAGUAAUUUCUAAAUCUUCUGCAUGGUUUAUUUUAAUCUUCUGUGAAGUAUUUUUCUCAUCUCAAUCAUCUUUGAAGCUUAGAAUAGUUUCAAGAAGCGAAUGUGACCAUCAAGCCGUGCAAUCUUCCUGGUGUCAGUUUUUGUAUUUUCAUAAAUUCUGUGAUGUUUAUCAGCUAUAUCUCAUCAUUUGCAAUGUGUUGGUGACCCUGUGUCACCGUUUGCCUUUGCUGCUGUAUCAGCAGGUUAUUAGCUGUUGGUUUGACCAGCAGGGGACAGUGUCUCUCAAACCCAACACCAGCAUCUCUCUCUCCCCUUAGGUAUUAUAUGCAGUAUAUAUAUAUAUGUAUAUAUAUAUAAUGCACUCUGAGGUUUACUCAUUUUACUUUUUCUGGGAAUUUUCUGUUGGUUUUUGGGAACACAGAGUUUAUGAUGUACUGUAUACUGUAUUUAUGGGCAUUUGGGCAUUUUGGGAUCUAUACUUCAUAUGUUGACUCUUAGGAUUUUUAACUUUGUUAAAAUGUUGAAUGUGAUUCAGUUGAGACAAAAAUCUUGAGUUCUCAAAGAUUAAAAAUGUUUGUUUACUUUUGAAAUGCUCUGAUGUUUGAGAUUUUCUGAACAGAUUUUCUAACCAUCACUGUUUUAUGAGCAGAAAGCAAUAAAAUCAUCUUGUGUUUUUA